GUCAGAAUCUGCCCACGAGGCUAGGUCGCGCGUACAACACCAUUUCUCUUCGUUGAGCUGAAGCACUCUCUUUCCGGGAGAACUCCCCUCUGCAGCCGAAUCGCCGUCACCAUCGAUAAACCGUAUACCUCCAAUAUUACACAGCGCGACCAUCUGGCUGUCAUUCCCGUUCCUCCUCGCCCGCAGCUCUCCGCCUCUCCCUUGGCACAUAAUUCAUCUUUCGCCUUGCCUUAUCUCUGUACACCGUUGUUGCGCCCAUUCAUCCGUGCCGAUAUCGAUUCGUGUUUACCUUGCCCGUACUUGCGUUUCCGGCUGUCAUCGUACUCACCUCCUCUCAUUCUCCCCCUUAGCUUCUCCCCCAACCAAUCCUGCAGACAAUUCCCGGCCACCAUCCGCUCUCCUCUGUACCUAUCCUCGCUUACCUAGGCCUACCUAAUGAUUCACACCUAAGACAAGGUAGACCGACAGCUCCCGCCCACCCCUCCAAGAUCGUCGUCGGCCGACCGCACAUCUCGCGACAUUUAGCCCAACACCAUGGCUGCCCCGAUCAAUGGAAACAUGGGAAUGGGCGGCGAAGGUGUUGGUGCCCACCCCCCUACCGCUGUUGAUCCUGAGACCAUGUCUAUCCUGCCCGAGAUCCACGGUGCCUUGGAGAUCAUCCACAGCCCUUUCUCCUCCAACGACUCCCGCAAAGACGCCCAGAUAUUCCUCGAGAAUGUGAAAGAUAACGAGAAAGCUUCUUACUACGGCUUCCGCCUGGCUAUUGACAAGACCCAACCCCCCGUCGUGCGCCAUUAUGCGUUGUCACUACUCGAACAUGCGAUCAAACAUAGGUGGGCUGAGUACACCGACUCCCAGGCGGUUGCCUUGCGCUCCUGCGUUCUGGAGCUCUCUCGAAAUGUCUCGCGAGAUGAUCCUGCCUAUCUCCGAAACAAGAUUGCCUCAUUAUGGGUCGAGGUUGCCAAGAGAAGUUGGGCCGACGAUUGGAUGGACAUGGAUUCGUUGCUUGUCCAGUUGUGGCGAGUGCCUGAUUCUGCAGUCCACAAGGAACUUGUUCUCUGCAUCCUCGAGAUGCUCUCCGACGAUAUCUUUGCUGGGGACGACGCCGUGGUUGCGGUUCGUGAAGGCGUCCUUAGCAAGGCCUCUGUCGAGAUCUUCACGCCUACUGCUGUCUUAACUGAGACUUUUCCUAACCGACAGGCAGGGCCUGAUGUUAGGUGCGGGGACGAGGGUUGGCUGGGAAGAGUUACGGAGCUACUCCGCCAUUGCCUGUCCGGCGACGUGCAGCAUCAUCCAGAACUACGCAGUUGUGCGAUCCGGGCUCUCGCUGUUAUAUACUCUCUGAUGCCCUGGAUCGUUCCGAAUGCCGUCACGGCUACUCGGUGUGUCGAGGUCAUGUGCGAGGGUCUUCGCGCUCCUCAUAUUGAAGUCCAGAAGGCCUGUUUGGAAGCCAUGCAUUCCCUCUAUUCACGCACGACCUUCAUCGAUCACGAAUUUCUAGACCUCGUUGUCCCACUCUACGAUACAAAAUGCGUCGAUCUGUUUAGAAGACUGUAUGAAUGGUCGGUUGUAGACCCGGAAGACAUAGACGACGAUAAAUACCAAUUCUCCAAAAAGCUCUCCGAGUUGAUUUCCUUCUUUGGGACCUAUAUGGAUCGUCGCUUUAAUGUUUUGCCGAAUGACCCAGAGCGCAUAGAUUUUCAAGGGUUCCUGCAGCUCCUCCUCAUGGUUACUCAGAGCCCUAGUCUAGUCGUUUCCAUCCCUGUGCUCGUAACAUGGACCCGUAUUCUAAACAACCGGUCCCUUGGGCCAAACAUUGCAGAUAUGCCUACUAUCGUCGGCCCACUCCUGGAGCUUUGUAGUUCACGACUGGUUCGGUAUGAGAACUUGCCAGAGGAUACCCAAGAUGCUACGUUCCUCUUCCUAUUGGAAGACACUGAUACAGUACCGGAACGUCACGCCUUUCUCGGAAACUACAGGCGUUACAGUUCUCAAGUGAUCGAGGGCAUCGUCCAGCUGAAGGUAACUGACGCAAUGCAGCAUAUCCUUGGUCAGACAGAAAAUGUCCUGGAGCACCUCUAUGACGACGCUCCUCCCUUCAACAUGGCGAAUUAUUCCAAGACGUCUCAACCGGUCCUCCGGAUCGAUGCUCAGGCCACGGUCAUCGAGGCAGCUCUGAAAGGCUUCGGGAAGUGGCGGGUAUCUAGAGAUGACCCAGGCCACGAACAUGAGAUAAUCUCACUGGAAGGGAACUUAGAGUCCUGGUGUAAUCGCCUGCUUACGAUGAAAUUUGAAGACCCCCUCAUUCGAAAGAGAAUUCUCCAACUCCUCGUCGCAUUCUCCGUUAUUGCCUUGGAUAGGAACGCAAGCUUCAUGCUAAAGGUCCUAGAACAUAUUCUCGUGACUUGGCCGGCAAUACACCCCGAACACAGGCUAUACGCCGAUGCGAUCAAAGAGCUCCAGUCUGAGAGUAUGGUUGAACUUCAGAGGCUGGCCGCUAAGAUGCCAGACCACUUACUUGAUGUUUACGAUCAGAUAGAGGCAAAAGUGAAUGAAAUGAUUGCCUCAGGAACGCUUGAUGAGAAGCGCCAGAUCACCUACCAGACAUUCCUAUUCACGAUAGUGCAUCGAUCUACUCGACUUGACCAAUCCACAAAGGCCCAAAAGUUACGAGGUUUUAUCAAUCCUGUGGUGGCCCAGUGGCGGGAUGAGCGCCUAAAGCAGGCCCUGUCGUCAUAUACUGGAUUUUGCGAGCUCAUGGCGCUUGACAAAGCCCAGAGCUAUCUAGCGCGGAAACAGAUGCAGAAUAUUUCAGACUGGGGUUCCGUGGAACUGGAUGCGGAGGGUCAAGCAUUGCAAAUUGAGCUUGAAGAACGACAGACGGUCCUCCCGCUGCGCCCAACCAAGUCAUUCCUAACGUGCUCUGUCGACAAGAUCGAUAAGGACACCGACCCGCAUCGGGUCUCAUGUGCCCUGUGGCAGGAUGGGUUUCCUUCGAUCCUCCCCGAACUCCUCAACUUCUUAAACCAUGCGCAUGCUUCGCACACUCCCGAAAAAUGGACUGGCCUACCUUCGGAAAUGAGGUCGAUUGUGGGCCGUGUCCUUACUGACAGAUUCUGGCAGGCGGGCAUUUCGGAAGGUAGCAAAGACGAGUUCUAUGCCCGCGUGCUCGAAAAAAAACUGACGCUGGAGGGGCUGGCCUCGACAAUCCGGGGCUCUAUACGAUUUGUACGAGAAUCCUGCUAUGCGAUCAUAUACGGCAUGACCCGUUUAGACGUCCAGUUCUACGGUUUUGAUGAGCUUCCCGGGCCGCUGGCGCACGCACUUCUGGCGGAUUCAUUUAACCUCUCAGCCCACCAGUUAAUCAAUGUCCUGAAUUUGGUCAGAUACCUAGUGGAUAACUGCCCAGUUCCGCUUCGGGAGCAUUUUCUUCCUCCGAUCCUCGCGGUGUGCUGCCAGCAAAUGGACGCUCGGAUCAAUUCAGAGUGGAUGAACCUUGACCAGCAACAGACUGUGAAAUCUGGAGGAGACGCCCUAACGGAGGAGAUGAAGUCGGAGAGCAUCCUCAGGCAAUUGACUUACGCGUCUGUGAUGAUGGUCGCCGAUUUUCUAGAUCCGGCUCGAUCUAAUAGUCCAGCUGGGUCGUCGAAUCUCGAUGAAGCGGCAAAAUACCCCACGUUGCGAGAGUUUUGUCUGAUGCACUCGUCUAUCGCUGAGCCUCUCCUAGUGUUCUGUACACAUGCGUUACGGUGGAGGGACUCUCGGUGCUGCGGCAUGAUGUUGAGAGUGUUCCGAUCCAUCGUUCCCGAGUUUGCAGUCGGGGAGUCUCCUUCACCUCGAUCCGUGGGAGCUAAGCAAACAUCUAUACCCUCAGGGACGGCCACCGCGAUCCGCGAGUACAUAUCUUCCGAUGUCGUGAAGGCUUGUAUAACAUCUAUCCACGAACCGUAUUUCGUCGAGCUUCAGAAAGAUUUCGCUCAUCUCAUUGCUACCGCCAUAGUCACCUACAGUCGUUUCACCAUGACGGCGCGAGAUGUCUUGGCAUCGCUCCCUAAUAUGAAACCCACUGAUGUGGACAGCGGUAUCGCGUACAUGUUACGAAGCGAAACGAGUUCUCGCGGGCAGCGAGGUGUCAUCCUGCAGCUGUUGGGCGACUUGAAAGGGGUGAGCGUCUCGGAAAUGGGCAAGUUAAACAAGAGUGUCGGGACGCCGACAGUUAAACAUUCAGUAACGAAAAGACCUACGCGCAGUAAGAUGACGCAGCAAUUCAUGACUACCCCCAGCGGAGGUUUUGACGCCUCUAGGCCUAGUGGUGCUAGCGAUGGCCGAGAAGACGGAAAUGGUGAUGGUCUUGAAGGUCUCGCUAGUCUAUUCGAUUCGUAGGGGGCGGCAAGCUACAAGUCUCCUAGGGCAAACUAGACCUCGUGGAUGAUAUGUAUACACCAGACACGUGUAUCGGUCGGCUCAUCAGUUAUGGAAGAAUAUGAUGGUACGUUGGCCCCGUGCACUUCUGAGAGCACCACUAGCGGUGAAGCCUACCAAGAUGUAGAUGCUGCCAAUACACAGCCAGCCUCACGACUGGCUUCAGUGGUCGCGGCGUUGGUUUAGUCGAUAUGUCGCCUGUUCUUACAGCCACCUCUCAGCGUCUAGAUACCUAGUAUAAAAUUAUAUGUAAACGUACCUACCUGAUGAUGUUUAUAUUAAAAAAAGCUGUAUCGAAUAAAUUACAAAAGACGAUCUACCUUUUAGAGCAUCUUGAUAUAGAGUUUGUAUAUAUAAAAAGGGAGGCUAGUUACGUACUAUUGCUUUAUAACC